AUGGACCCCUACGCAGUUCGAGCUAGCCAGCUCCACCAAGGCCAAGGGAGCCACACCACUUCAGAUGAAGAAGAGGAAGAAGAGGAGCCGCAAGCUCGAUCGAGCGAGGUGAACCCAGUCGAGUGGAGCGUCCUGAUGGCCGUCUGCCCUCUCCAGACCACGACCUUGCCUCCCAGUUCUUUGGGGGGCACUGAGGCUAAGUUUGGGGGUGCCAACUCGAGCUCGAUCGAGUUGGGUGUAAAAACCAGAAAAGUGGUCUUUUGGAGCAUAUGGGACAUGAGGAGCAUGGAGGGACUUGGCACAUGGACGCAGCUCAACUGGAUACGCAAAGGAAGAAGGAGAAGCCAUCUUGAAGACCAGCUCGACCCUACUCGACCAACCGGUCGAGUUCCUCAACUCGACCGGCCAAGCUUCAACUCGAUCGAGCUGAGAAGUCAAAGUCAAACCCGAAAAAUGUUGCUUCCCCCUUGA